AUGAGAAAUAAUGAAGAGUGGGUAGCACAGUUUUUUGAAACCAACAAGCCUAUUUUCCUUCUUUACUUGGACAUAUUCGGAUCUAAAUCAGUGAAUCUAGUCAUCGCUUCUCUGAUUUUUGUAUCUAUCCUGACUGUCUAUCUAUCAUAUCACUGUCAUAGCGAAGUUAUAGGAAGCAUCAUCUUUAUGGCAAGCAUAUCAGGCAUAGUAUUCAUCAUUGGCGAACUCAAAAAGCUCAAAAUCAUAAUUCAGACACCUCAUUCUGAUUCUGAUCUCAACAAAGAAGAAAUCAUCCGGCUAUUAGUUAAGUCACGCGAACGUAUACUAGGCUUAUAUGAAUGGUGGAAGUCCACGUUUGUCCGUACUAACCCAGAAAAUUUAGCGAUCAUUGCCACCAUCAUUCUUGGCCUUUUGAUCGUAUUCAACAAUACACCAUUCUAUGUUAUAUUAUAUACUUGCAUCGCUAUCAUCACAUCUCUCUUGAUUCUCACAUCCUAUUGGCUCUCUCGUCACAUGGAGAAAGCUUAA